AUGGAGCUUGUGAACCACUACCAAUCUGCAAAGAAGAUGGGAAAACACCAUCCGCCUGACUGCGACAAGGCGUGCGAAUACCAACACGGCGCUGCCUACGAGGAUUGUGUUUUUCUGGAUAUCUCGGAUCCGGAUGGCCCGAUUCCCUUCUUCACAGCCCGUCGAGCUCUGUCUGGUCCGUAUGCCGUCUUCAUGGAUCUGGAAGAGAAUCUGAAGGCCGAUGUGACAACGGAGGAGCCGGCUUCUGAUGAUUCGAAUAUUCCAGCAGCUGAUUCCACCGCCAACGGAACGAAAGAAGCACUUUCUGCUCUCCAUUUCGAUGAGAUAGUGCUGCCCGAAUUGAAAGAUGGAGGAAACAGCCGGACUCGUCGCCAAUCUGACGGCCAAAAGAAGAUCCGAUAUCCUCGAUGCAUCGACGUGGAUGGAUUGGCGAAGGAAGAUUUGGCACGAGUCGAGGCGGAUGUGAUGCUGAAUUGCGACAAGAACAUCUUUGUCCUGUUUCGCAACGGCGACAAAAGUGGACUAUCCAUCAAGCCGCCGAUGUGCCAAGGGAGCAAUGACACUACAAACACAGCGCAAGGCCCGGCGGAGCGCAUUCCCGGCUCCUUCGAAUUGGUGGCUGAGGGGUUUGCUCUGCGAAUCGACCGUGCCCACUUGAAUCCGUUGAAGGACGAGAAAAUGCCACCACCAACGACGGAUCCGGUGGCUGAAGAUAAACUUCCAGUAGACCGGAACGACAAGUUGGCACGACUCGACCCGGUCUACUUCAUGACCGCUGCAACGCCCGAUGCCAAAGCCGUGGCACGGAAUAUCGUUGAAACGUUGGGCAGUGAAGCCUGGCUCUCGGAAGACAAUAAAAUGCCGGUCUACACUCCUAGCCCGGAUGCGCUACGCAGCCUCUGUGAUCACCUGCGUGCAAUUCUGUUGGAAGAGCACGCCGUAGUGAGGCCAAAAGGGAAAACGAUUGUCGUUGGGGACAUCCAUGGAAACUUCAACGACCUCUGGCGAAUUAUCCACGCAUGGCUAUCGGAUGUUGCUGGUGGAGGGCCGGGUCAAAACCUGCUCUUCCUCGGUGACAUCGUUGAUCGCGGUCCCCGUCAAAUUGAAUGCUUGACGUUGAUCAUGGCCUACAAAGUGCUCCUCCCCAAACAGGUGUUUCUCCUCCGCGGCAAUCACGAAGAGAAGAGUAUAUGCAGCCUCUUCCGAUACAGUCUGGCCGAGCGCGGAUACUCGGAGGCUGUGGCAAAGCUGUUCUACAGUCUCUACGACGUCAUCCCGUCAGUGGCCCUGAUCGACGAGCGAUUGAUCUGCAUGCACGGAUUGACGACGGGCGACCUGACGCCAGAACUUCUUCGGAAGGGAUGGGAUCCUCGUGAAGAAACGUUGUUCGACAUGAGCCGGCAUCUCCGAUGGAACGACCCCGCAAAAGAUGUCAAACUUUACGCUCCCAACACCUCGCGCAACUACGGACAUCUCUGCGGCCCGAAGGCAAUCCAGAAGGACAUGGCCAGGCUCGGCCUCGAGUUCAUCCUCCGUGGCCAUCAGUCGAUGUCGAACGGUGUGAAGAGGUUUGAAAACCUGCCCGUGGCUACCAUCUUCUCAUCGUCCUUCUAUGACCCAAACCCAGAAGUAGGCGAGAAGCUGCCAACACCGCGUGUAUUGGACAAUCUGGCCGCGAUCCUGUACGUCGACCCGGCGAAGAACGUCAUCAAGCCGAUCUUCAUCAUUAACAUCAACGACAACAUCUCGACGCAGGAGGAAUUAAACCGAAAGCUUGAAGCCGGAUGGAAAAAGGCUGAUUAUGAGCCGGCCGACCCGAACGACAUCACGGUUGAUUUGCGAAGCUCCAAAUCGAGCUCCUCUGCCCAAAUGAGCUCCUCCGACACGAAGAGCCCGAAU